AUGGAUGAUAAGGAAUGCAAAUUAAGCAUAGAAGAAACAAACAAAUUAAGAGAAAAGUUAGGCUUGAAAAUGUUACAGAUUGAAGGAAAGGGAAAAAAAAAAUGUAGUACUGGUGAUGAAAAAAAUGGGGAUAAUAAAAAGAAAUUACAUAACACAAAUAAAAAUAGGAAAAAUAGUGAACAGGGAGAAAAUAAAGGGAGAAAAAAAAAUUAUGUAAAAGACAAAGAGCAGAUAGCAGGAAAGGAGGAAAAAGGAGAAGAAGAAAAAGGAGAAGCCGAAAAACAAAAGCAAACGCAUAUUCAGGAGGAAACGAACACAGCAAAAACGAUAAGUGCAGAAUUUAAGGACGAUAUAAAUGAUGUAGAAAAAUGGGUAAAUAAAACGAGAAAUACCAUGAAUAAGAGACUUGCACAGGAGGGCAUAAAAUAUAGUGAUGAUGAGGAUGAAGAUGAAGAGGAAAAUGAGGAAGAAAAUGAAAAUAAAAGUAAAAAUAAAAAAAAAAAAAAAGUACAAAAAAAAGAAAUAAAAAAGCGGAACAAAACGAAUGAUUUUGUAAGUAAUGUAAAGGUAGAACACAAAAACGAAGACAUAACGGGUGAUAAUAUGAUUUUGACUUUAAAAGAUACGAAUGUUUUAAAUAACGAAGAAGAAGACUGCUUAAUAAAUGAAGAAUUGAAAAAACAAAAUGUGCAAAAUAUACUUUCAAAAAACGAUGAUAGUUUUUGGAAUAAAAAUUUCUAUAACCCGUUGUCUUAUUAUGAUGAUACUAGUAAGAAGGUAGAGGACAAUUCUUCCAUCCGUAUGAUCCCAAAGUAUGAAGAUGAAAAAUAUUCUUUCAAUGUUAAUAUAAAAUAUGAUCAAAAUGAUCAAAGUAGCCGAAAUGAUGGGAAAAGCAAAAUACCAGCUAAUGAUAAAGGAAUGACAAAAGAAGAGAAAGAAUUGAAAAAGGGAAGCUCUAAUAAGAAAAAAGAACAAGUGAAAGAGGAGCAAAAAACAGUAGAUACCGAUAUAUUCAAAUUAAAGAAAAGAAAAAUUAAAAAUAUAAGUAGAAGAAAAAAGGAAGAAGAUGCUUGGGAUUUUCUCUAUGAUGACGAACCAAGGGAAGAAGACCAACAUAGAAAGUUUGGAAAAGAAAACGAAGAGGAGAAUAUAGGACAGAGCAGAGAACCGUAUGGAGGGGAGUAUGUUGAACAGACCGAAAGGACAGAUAUCGACCGCGAUAGUAUCGUAGAUGAUGUUAUUAAAAAAAUAAAGGAGGAACAAAUGCACAUGGAAUUCAACUAUUUCGAUAAUAUAAUGAGUGAAAACGAAGAAGAAAAUGAAUUAUAUGAACUUUUGGAAAAGGGGAAUAAUUUUAAAAAAAGAAAAAAGGAAAACAAUUAUCAGAAUGAACUCUUAAAAUAUAUAGUUAUAAAUGAUGAAGGGAACAAAAUAAAUGAUGAUAAAAAUAAUAAUGAUAUUAUAAAAUUAACAAAUGCAUCAGAAUUUUGUAAAAAUAUAUCAUUACCAUUAGAUAUAAAUGAAAGUGAAAAAAAUUCAAAAUUUAAAAAAAAUGAAAAGAGUGUGGGACAUAUGGACGAAGACCAGGAUAGUAGCGUAUAUCAUCAUUCUAAAAAAAAUAAUGAAAAUAAAUUAAUAAAUACAUAUAACGAAGUUAAUGACUGGAUCAAAAAUGGAGAAAAAAAAGAUUCAAAAAAAAAAAAAAAAAUUGAUAACGAUCUCAGUGACGACAUGGAUGAUGAAAAUGAUGAUCUUUCACAAGAUGGAGUGUCUGAAAUUUUUAAUGAAAUAAAACUAGAUGAAGGGUUAUAUGGUGCUUUAGAAUAUUUAAAAACAAAGGGGGAAUUAAAUAUAGAAGAUAAGAUAUAUAGAAAUCCUGAAAACAAACCUUUACAUAUGUCAACUGAUAAAAAUGAUAUAAAAUUAGAUUAUAAAAAUGACGCAGGAAAAGUGAUGACUCCGAAAGAAACCUUUCGAUAUAUAUCAUGGAUUUUUCAUGGAAAAAAACAAGGUAAAAAUAAAUUAGAAAAAAAAAUAAAAAGAAUGGAAAUGGAACGAAGAUUUAAAGAAAACCCAAUAGAUUCCUUACCAACCUUAAAUGUUUUGAAAAAAUAUCAACAAGUACAAAAAAAAUCUUUUUUCACCUUGUCAAGCAAUAAUUAA